AUGGAUCUUUUGCAACUCCUGGACUUCGAUUCGCUCUCACUUUCCAGGACAGCUGGAAUUUUAUCUGCGCUGUACGUUCUGUACCUCGUCGGUGUAGGGGUACAUCGUCUAUUCUUCAGUCCCUACUCAAAAUUCCCUGGAUCGAAGCUAGCUGGUCUCACCUAUGGAUAUAUGUUCUAUUACGACGCUCUUGGAGUCAAAGGGCAAUACAUCUACAAGAUCCAGCAAUUGCAUGAAGAAUACGAUAGCCCAAUCAUCCGAAUCAGUCCUCACGAACUGCAUGUCAAUGAUCCAGAUUUCUACGACACCCUCUUCACAGGCGCCCCUUCCAAGCGCGACAAGCCACCAACCUGGUCCCACGCCUUCGGCGGCGGAGACUCUGCGUUCGGCACCAUCGCCCACGAACGACACCGCUUGCGACGCAACGCCGUAACGCCAUUCUUCUCGACAGCCUCCCUCAGGAAACUAGAGCCACUGAUCCAAGACAACAUUUCCCGUCUCCUUGCUGUCUUUCGUCGCUACCAAAGCACGGGAGAAAUCUUGCCAAUCAGACCAGCAUUCAGUGCGUUGACCAGUGAUGUGAUCACAGAGUAUUGUUUCGGGAUUUCUGAGAACUACAUUGAAGCGAAGGAUUUCAAUGCCCUGGUACUAGAGACGACGGAUAAGCUGACGGAUAACAUGCACGUUACUGUCCAAUGGCCGUGGUUGCCGGUUCUGCUCAACAACCUACCUGAGAAGUUCGUCGAGGCGAUAUUCGGGGAGGGGAUGGCUACUUUUCAUGUCCUGAGACGCUUCGGUGAGAAGGUGAAGAGGGGGUUGACGGUGAAAAAGCAUUCCGAGGAGAAAAUAAAGGAGACAAUUAGAACGAGAGGCGAUUACUCGGAUGUCAAGCAUCGGACGAUCUUCCACGAUUUGAUGGAUAGCAAGACUCUCCCAGAGGAAGACAAAUCCGUGCGGCUGUUCGUGCAAGAGGCACAAUUACUGCUUGUCGCGGGCACGGUGACAACUGCUACGGCUCUUGCGUCCGCGAUUGUGUACUUGCUGCUAGAUGAUAAGAGGUUGGUUGUUUUGAUGCAGGAACUGGAAAGUGCUAUGCCGGAUAUUACCAAGCCGUGUAAGGAGGCGGAGCUGGAGAGUUUGCCGUAUUUAAGCGCGGUCGUCGAAGAAACUCUUCGUCUCGUGUCAGGCGUUUCGUAUCGUCUCACUCGCUCAGCACCUACUGAAACUCUCCAGCUUGGUGAUUGGACCAUCCCACCAAAUACAGCAGUAUCCAUGCAUGGGCCCCUAAUCCACCACUCGCCAAAAAUCUACCCCGAACCAUGGUCCUUCAUCCCCGAGCGCUGGCUCACCUACCCACCUCCUUCCUCCUCCACCACCCUCCAUCUUCCUCCCCGACCCGCCGGAAUCCCACAAGCGAACCCCAAGUACCUGAUCCCUUUCUCCAAAGGUACGAGAAACUGUAUUGGUCAGCCAUUAGCGCAUGCAGAACUGUUUAUGACGUUAGCGAAUGUGCUGAGGACGUUUGUGAGGUUGGAGAGAGAUGCUACUGGGAAAGUGUUGGGGACGAGGGGAAUGAGGUUGUAUGAGACGGACCGCAGGGACACGGAUAUGAGGGGCGACUUUGGGUUUCCUGCACCAGAAAGGGGGAGGGGGAAUAUGAGGGUUAUUCUUGAAUAG